GUGUGUGAGGGCGAGGUAGAGAGAGUGAGAGAGAGGGGAGGCAAAGUCCCAGAGAUCUCCUUCUUGGUCGCUCCUCUCCCAGUCGACUCAACUCUUACUUGUAAACUUUGUGGAUUUUAAAGCUUUCAGACGGAUCGAAGCAGCGGACGAGACAUGGCCGUCCUGCGGCUCUCCAGGGGGUGUGUGUCCGUGAGUCUGAUGCUGUGGAGCUGUCUGUCCACCGCUGCUGUCCAGACAGAAGACGGAGGGGCUGGGCGUCACCUGGACCUAAUGGCGCUGGUGGGCGUGCCUCUCCCCCCCGGCGUCUCCUUCGCCCGCGGGUUCGAUUCCCUCCCAGCGUUCAGCUUCGGCCAGGAGGCCAGCGUGGGCCGGCUGGCCCGGACUCUCCUCCCCGGACCCUUCUACCGGGACUUCAGCAUCAUCGCCACGGUGCGGCCCAGCGGCCCCAGAGGGGGGGUUCUGUUCUCCAUCCUGGAUAGCGCCCAGCAGGGGGUGGAGCUUGGGCUGGCUUUAGGACCCGCCCAGCAGGGCCUCCAGAGCAUCCUGCUGUACCACCGGCCGCCGCGGGGGCCCGCCCACACCCACGCCGCUGCCCGCUUCACCGUCCCCGAGCUGACGGAGCAGUGGACCCGCUUCACUGUGGCAGUGGAGGGGGCGGAGGUACGUCUAUAUAUGGACUGUGGGGAGGCAGAGCUGGCGGUUUUCCACAGGGGAGGGGCCCCCCUCCUCUUUCCUCAUGACGCCGGGAUCUUCGUCGGGAACGCAGGCGGGACGCGGCUCCACAAGUUUGUUGGCUCUAUCCAACAGCUAGUGAUCAGAGACGACCCGAGGGCAGCUGAGGAGCAAUGUGACGAAGAUGAUCCUUAUGCGUCUGGAGAUUCCAGUGGAGACGACAGAGACAAAGAGGAGGAAAUGAUGAAGAACAAAGAGGAGGAGAAACACAACACAUACCAGGAAGAGGACCGGGAACCAGUGCAGGCUCCACCUACUGAAGCUCCAGAGGCGGAGCCUGAGCAGCAUCCUAGUCAGCUGACCUCGACAGAGGCCAAUGAGGUCGUAGAGAGGACAGGUCCGUACCAGUCCCAGGGGCCAGGGGGGAGGAGCCAGAGUUCAAAGGUGGUCCAUGGAGAAGGCCCCAAAGGCGGGAGAGGAGAGCCAGGCCCCGCGGGGCCCCCCGGUCUCCCCGGCCCCCCAGGCACCUAUCCUCCUGCUCAGGGAGGAGUGCUACUGGAGGCCCUGGCUCAGCCAGGCCCCCGGGGGCCAGCAGGCCCCACAGGCCCUCCGGGACCCAGUGGAGGAGCAGGGAGAGACGGUGCCACGGGAAGCAAGGGCGAAGUUGGAGACCCAGGCCUCAGAGGAGCUCAGGGCGUCCCCGGUCUAGCUGGAGAGGUUGGAGCCAAAGGAGAGAAGGGAGACAGUGGUGUGGGGUUGCCAGGGCAACCGGGCCUCCCCGGCCCCCCAGGACCGCCAAGAUCACGAAGCGUCCCUUAUGGAGCCGACGCCCUGGGAUCUGGAUCUGAGGACCAGGAGGUCUCGGAGCUGCUCAGGGGCCCCCCCGGUCCGCCCGGUCCACCCGGACCCCCUGGACAAGAUCCCCUGAACCGCGGCGUUGCCCCGGGCCCUGGAUCCCCUGGACCCCCUGGGGGGCGCGGCCAGGCAGGACUGCCAGGGACCCCAGGCCUCCCAGGAAGAGAUGGGGUAGCAGGUCUUCCUGCAGGUGUGGGAGAGAAGGGUGAGUCAGGACUCCCCGGGCCAGCAGGACCAAAGGGGGAGUGUGGAGCUGUGGGCGUGUCCGGCCCCCACGGGGUCAGGGGCCCCCAUGGACCCAGCGGGCCCGCCGGCCGCCCUGGACCCCCAGGACCCCCCGGAGGCCCGGGGAGCAGGUUCUUCUUGGAGGACUUGGAAGGUUCUGGAAAGACGGACCUGCUCAUCGGUGCUGGAGUCCGUGGUGCACAGGGUGCACCUGGGCCUCCCGGAGCUCAAGGAAUAAAGGGUAAAGACGGAGUCCCCGGGACACCUGGGCUGUCAGUCAAGGGAGAGCGCGGGGAUCCAGGAGCUGAGGGACAGGCCGGUCUGGCAGGGCUGCCAGGGGCCAGGGGCUCUAAGGGGGAGAAGGGAGCCUCAGGACUGAAGGGGGAUCGUGGAGAGGGCGGGCUGAGUAUUCAGGGGCCCCCCGGCCCCCCCGGGGCCCCAGGACCAAUCAUCAGCCUGCAGGAACUCCUGAACGACACUGAGGGAGUGUUUAACUUCACCGAGAUCAGAGGACCGCCCGGCCCAGUGGGUCCUGAAGGUUUGCCUGGCAGAGCAGGAUUUCCUGGGCCGCGGGGGCCUAAAGGGGACGGGGGCCCCUCUGGGGGCCUGGGGGCUGCAGGCCAAAAGGGAGAUAAGGGGGAGCCUGGAGUGACCAUCGCAGCAGACGGCUCCCUCCUGCUGGGGGCCAGAGGGCCGCAGGGGCCCCGGGGGGCCAAGGGAGACCGUGGCGUUCCAGGCCCUGCUGGCUUCAUCGGGCCCAUCGGUCCCCAGGGCCUCAAAGGAGAAUACGGCUUCCCCGGGCGACCGGGCCGUCCCGGGUCGUCUGGUAGGAAAGGCGACAAAGGAAACUCUUCAGGACCUCCAGGUCGCCCUGGCCCCCCUGGUCCACCAGGAAGAGUUCUGGUGCUGAACGGAACAGGUGUUAGAGUAGCUGCAACAAAAGGAGAAAAAGGAGAUGAAGGAAAACCUGGAGAGACAGAAUCCCUGUUUACUGAUACAGUGUUGGGUGCUGAGGGAGAGCUGGGCUACAGGGGGGUGAAGGGCGAGAAGGGCGACACCGGCUCCACGGGUCGGCCCGGAGCCCCGGGGCGCCCCGGGCAGGUGGGUCCGAAGGGGGAGUGCACGGUGGGCCCUCCAGGACCGGCCGGAGAGCCAGGUCAUCCCGGGAGUUCAAGGUCCGGACGGCCUGGCCCCAAGGGACCCCCCGGCCCCCCCGGCCCCCCGCCUGCUUAUGGAGCAGCUGUCAACAUCCCCGGACCCCCCGGACCCCCCGGACCCCCUGGAUCCCCCGGGGCCAAAGACCUCUUCAGCCCAGUGAGGUCAUACCAGACGCUCCAGGCGCUGUCCCGGGAGGGGGAGGGGCUGAGGGAGGGCAGCCUGGCGCUGGUGUCGGAGAGCGGGGAGUUGUACCUGCGGACGCUGAGUGGCUGGCGGCCCCUGCUGCUAGGCCAGUUGCUCCAGUUGCCCGCAGACAGCCCCUCCUCUCCUCUCAGCAGAUCAGCAGCACGAAGAGCGAGGACACACACUCCUAGCCAGGAGCUGCAGGAGUCCAGUAGAGGGUACCAGCCCAGCUACAACCUGCUUCCCCAGACCGUCUCUGCAGUACCUGGGCUCCGCCUGGUGGCUCUGAACUCCCCCCUGCGUGGCGACAUGCGGGGGAUACGGGGGGCCGAUUUCCAGUGCUACCAGCAGGCGCGAGCGGGGGGGCUGACCUCCACCUACCGGGCCUUCCUAUCCUCCCACCUCCAGGACCUAGCAACCAUCGUCAGGAGGAACGACCGCCACCACAUGCCCGUCGUCAACCUCCAUGGGGAGGUUCUGUUCAGCAGCUGGGCGUCAAUCUUCUCAGGGAAUGGGGGCGUGUUUAACCCUGCCACGCCCCUCUACUCCUUUGACGGCCGUGACGUCCUGACCGAUCCGGCAUGGCCAGAGAAGCAGGUGUGGCAUGGUUCGAGUGUGGUGGGCGUGCGAGCCACGACUAGCUACUGUGAGGCGUGGCGGGCGGGCGACCGGGAGGUCACAGGCUACGCCUCCCUUCUACAGACGGGCCGCCUGAUUGGUCAGCACAGCCGCUCCUGCUCCACCCCUCUGGUGGUCCUCUGCAUCGAGAACACCUAUGUAGCAAACGCACCCCCACCCAGCAGGGCCUGAGGGGCGUGGCUACUACCACAGGGCAUGUUUAG